AUGUCACUCUCCAGGUAUGCCAAGACAUACCUACUGAACCAAUCCAAGUACAAACAUUUCAAUGUCUUCAACUCACUAGUCUCUCCGUCAGACCUCACCGCGCGCGACAAUGCCGCCGAAUCGAGUCCUGCUUCUCGCAGCAUCAAGGACAAGCCAAUCGCAAUAAAAGAUAACAUUUGCACAAAAAGCUUGAAUACAACAGCAUCCUCCAAUAUAUUGAAGGACUUCACCAGCCCGUACGAUGCGACGGUAGUUAAGCUCCUCCAGGAUGAAGGUGCUGUAAUUGUGGGCAAAACCAACAUGGAUGAGUUUGGCAUGGGCUCGCAUUCGACACAUUCGCAGUUCGACCCAGUAAGGAUGCAGAGGUAUGAGGGCGAGGACUUGAGUGCAGGAGGAAGCUCAGGAGGAAGUGCGCUUGCAGUUGCCAGUUCUCAGUGCUGGGCAGCGUUAGGGACCGAUACUGGAGGCUCUGUCAGACUGCCUGCUUCAUAUACAGGCGUUGUCGGGUUCAAGCCGAGUUACGGCCUGCUUUCAAGGUGGGGCGUGAUCGCCUAUGCCAACUCUCUAGACACUGUUGGUAUAUUUGGGCGAAGCACUGAGGAUGUGAGGGCCAUCUUUGACAAAAUCAACAUGCAUGAUCAACAAGACCCAACUUCCAUUCCUCAUUCAACACGUGCACGUUUUGGAAAGCGAAAGGAGAACCAGCCAUCGUCUCUAAGGAUUGGCAUACCCCUCGACUACAACAUCGAGACCCUGCAGCCCGUUGUUCGCAAAGCAUGGAUUCGGCAUCUAAAUCACUUAUGGGAUCGCGGCCACAGCUUGCAUCCUAUUCGGCUACCGACGACACAACAAGCUUUGUCAGCAUACUACGUACUUGCACCAGCCGAAGCAUCCAGUAACCUUGCAAAGUACGAUGGAGUACGCUUUGGCAGCAGAUCAGAGGGCGUUGAUGGAACGCCUGAUAGCGUGCUAUUCGCCAAAACUCGUGGCCAGGGCUUUGGAGCCGAAGUUCAACGCAGAAUCUUGCUUGGAGCCUUCUCGCUCAGCGCCAAAGCUAUCGACAACUACUUUAUUCAGGCACAAAAGGUCCGCAGACUGGUCCAGCAAGACUUCAACAGCGUGUUUGCAAGACGCAAUCCUCUUUUUGAAGAUGGGACAGCCCCAAAACAGCCAGAGGAGGGGAUUGAUGUUAUCGUGUGCCCCACGGCACCAUCCAUGGCGCCAUCGCUAUCAGAAGUGGAAACCCAGGAUCCUAUUCAAUCGUAUAUGAACGACGUAUUCACUGUUCCUGCCAGUUUGGCGGGACUGCCAGCCAUCAGUGUCCCCGUAGGUGUAAACUUGGGGGAAGAAGACGUUGGGGUAGUGGGAGGAAGUGAUUCAAUCUUCAACACUGUGGGCCUGCAGGUGGUUGGUCAAUACGGAGACGAUGAGCUUGUCCUGGAUGCUGCGAAAAUCAUGGAGGAUAUUUCACUGUCUCCCCGAGUGCACCAUGGACCAGAUGUCACUGCUUGGCAUGUUGAUGCAGAGCGAAGAAUAUAA